UUUCUUGACUAAUGUCUUUUAUGUUAGUUUUAGUGUAUAUUCUCUUAUAUACAAACUAACCGGUGAAUUUUUGUAUUUCUUGAUUUUUAUGUAAAAACACCAUUUUGAUCAAAAGUUAAGUUAGUAAUGUCCAUCUUGUUAGUUUUCAGUUCCCUAUGUUCUUGCUGGAACCCAAGAUUAAAAAAAUAGGGUAGCCUAAUUUAUUUACAUUUUAUAAAACAAACUUCAAAUAUGUGUUUAAUUUAAAGCUAUAUAUAAUAUUGAAACUAAGAUUUUAAAUAGUAAAGAUUAAUAUUCAAUAAAAUAUAUUUUAUCGGACAAUUUAUUUGUAUAAAUAACAAAUAGUAUAGAGUAUACUAAAUAAUAUGUUAUAUCUAGUAAUCUAUUAAUCUAUUAUCUAACAAACUAAGAUAUUUAAUAUGAAUACCAAUAUAUAAUAGAUUAUAGUUUAAUGGAUACAAUUUAUUUAUACCUAUGUUACUCGGACUAUUCAUUUUGCUUCACAUACCCUUGUCCAAUCCUUGAUACUCGGAUAUUGUUAUGGCACUUAGACACUUCAUUUUAGGCGUAAAUUAUAUGUUUAGAUGUAUUCGAUACUUGAACACGUACUAGUGUCCGAACAUUAGUAUUUGAGUUCAAGUAACAUAGAUUUAUACAAACAACAAGCAUGAAGAUCAUACCAAAAACGUAUAAAUAAUAUAAUAAUGUACUUCAUCAAUGAUCUUAUAAAACUCAAAUCAAAAAAAUCAAAAAAUGUAGAUUAGUUUGAACACUUAAUAAUUUAUAGUUUGCUCAACCUUGCCUAACCAUUUAUUAAAAAAUUAACUUACCAUGUCAAUGAUAAUCCUAAAAGUAUAAUUAAGGCCAUAUAAAAUAAAAUUAAUAUUAACAUUAGUUAUUUGGCUAUUUAGAAAAACAUUGCACUAAAGAAAUUACCUAAUGGUCGGUGAAUGAAUUUGGCAUGGUCCAUAUAAAUUUUUCCACUUUGAUUUUUUCUUCUAUUGUACGUUGUAAUCAAACACUAUGUUGUUGAUAUACAAUAAACAACAUAGAAACGUCAAGUUAUUAUGUGCAUAUGGUGGUAUUGUAAUGUUUCAAAAUAUAUGUUUGAAACAAUUUAAAAUAUCAGUCUAUGUGAUUGCACAUCAAUUUUGUUUGAUGGAUCAUCAGGCUGUGCUCUAACCCCCUAUCCCUUGACAGUCGACAAGCAAUUUUGCUUUUUAAGUAUCCAUAAAUUUAUUAAUAGUCUUAAAGUUACAUGGGUGCGAGGUGUAUUCAAUAUUGUGCAAUUCUUGCAAGUUCUGUUUUUCUUUUACUUUGUUUUAUUAUGUAAAACAUUCAUUUUGGAAUGUUGUCCGUUAAGAAAAAGAAGUCAAGCUGGUUCUUAUUUGCGUUCGGGUUUGAACUGUGUGCGUAAAUCUAGCUCGGGAAGCUAUGGUGAUCUUGUGAAGUCUGAUGUUGAUCUUGCGAACAUAUGAUACAAUAAGUUCCUUCUGUUGUUGGACUGACUUGAUCCUUGAAGGUUUCUUCCUUCCAAAUAAUCCUGGUGUAAACAAUUCCGUGUGAUAGGUCGUGUUCUGUCAAGCUGAAGCUGCAACUGAUGAGCAAAAUGUUUGCAAGAGCGUUAAAUCAUCGGAGCGCAUUAAGUUGUCAUUUUUUAUAAUACGUUAAAAACAAAAAAAUUAUGUCAAUUAUGGGGUUCAAGGUUCUAGCAAGAAAACUGUUUUGUUAAAAAGUGUCAACCCCCGUUCUCAACAUUUUAUUUGGCGCAGGAAUGCAUUGGCAUCUUAUCACCUUUGGCUGAUGGAUGGGUCAUUCCUUGUAUUAUCAGGCCCAGAUAUAUCACAUUUCCUCUUCUUAUCCAAAGAAGAGCCCAUCUGAUCCAUUUCCGAUGGCACUACACUAUCACUGCCUCUUAAAUUUUGUGACAUUUGUCCAGCUUCUAAUAUCAUGUCGCUUAUCACGCCCACCUAGCAGCGGAGGCGACAUCACACAUGGAGAUGACCCCAAUAUCACUGACAUUCCAUGAACUUUUGGCUUUGUUCUUGACAUCAUUUAAUCAAUCUCAGGAUUUGCAUUUGUGCAUAUGGAUGAUGAGAAAGAUGCGGAAUAUGCGAUUCGGGCUCUUGAUAGAUCUGAAUUUGGUAGAAAGGGAAGGAGACUUCGUGUUGAGUGGACAAAGCAUGAACAAAGACAAAUUGGAAGAAAACCAGUCAGCUCAAGAAGAUCUGCCAAUUCGAGGCCUUCUAAGACCUUAUUUGUUAUUAAUUUUCCUUAUCAUGCAAAAAUAAGUGACUUGGAAAGACACUUUGAACCAUAUGGGAAGAUUUUAAAUGUAAGGAUAAGAAGAAAUUUUGCCUUUGUGCAGUAUGAGUCUCAGGAGGAUGCUACUAAAGCUUUGGAUGCUACCAAUUCUAGAAAGUUCUUGGAUCAAGUCAUAUCUGUUGAAUAUUCUAUUCGAGAUGAUGAUGACAGAAGAGGUGGGUAUAGCCCAGAGAGAAGAGGCCGUGAUAGGUCUCCUGAUAGGAGGAGGUCACCAAGUCCUUACAGAAGAGAGAGAGGAAGUCCUGACUACGGAACUGGACCUACGCCAGCUUCCUACAAGGGAGAGAGAGGGAGUCCUGAUUAUGGUAAUGGCUCAAGUCGUAGUCCUCUUCGAGUGAGAAGGAGUCCUGAAUAUGGGGCUCGCUCUGGCCGUAGUCCUCAUCGAGGACAAAGGAGUCCUGCAUAUGGGGCUCGUAACCGUUCAAGCCGUAGUCCACAUCAGACAUCGAGAGAGAGGAGCCCACAUUAUGGCCAUGAACGGAGCUCUAGUACUCAUCACAAGGAGUGUUCACCUGUUCUUCAUGAUCAUAGUCGAAGUCCUCAUGGGGGGGACAGAAUUGGGAAUGGUUAUGGCCAUUGUCCGAGUUCAAGCCCGUAUCCAGAGGAAGGGGCCAUAUCUGACGAUCUUAGGGAACCCAGGAGCCCCAUUAACAAGGAAAGCUUGAGAGACAGCCCUAUUGGUGAAUGUGGAAGCCCAAUUGACAACAGAUAUAAAAGCCCCUCUCCUCAAGCGCGGCGAAGGUCACAAUCUUGAUCUGCAGUUGCUUCAAUCUUGGAUCAGAUUUUGGGCUGCUUUCCAUUUAUACCAUUUUGGGCUGUGCUCCCAGCUAUGACAUUGUCUCUUUGAUUGAAGAUAGAACUAUUAGUUUGUAGUUGAAGCUUUGGUAGUUUAGUCCCAGUCUGUAUUCCAUUGGCAUGUAUAAAUCUUAUAUACUUCUUCCUGUACAAUAUUGAUGGAGGUGAAUUUGAUAUCAUGAUGUUCUAUAGUAAA